AUGGAGCAGUCUGCUUAUCCAUCGCCUUACCCGGCUUACACGGAGACUUACCUCACUCCUGACGGGUAUAAUCAUGGCGGCAACAUGAACAACGGUCUGCAAAUGAACGCCAUGGCGUAUUACGCCGGGGGCCCAGACCCCUCGCUAUCUUGUGCUCCCUCCGUGGGCUCCAUGAUCAGACAAGGCAAUGAAGUAGAAGUCCACAGAUUCGAUCCCACGCCUGUAUACAAUUAUCAGCCGUCCUGCGCUCCCCCGCUCUACCAACCGGCCCCAGCGACCUACGGUUCCAUGUACACGGACCCCAGCAUGCAGACUUUCUCGCAGGCUUUCGAAGGAAACUUUCCUUUCUAUGAUACUCUCGCAAACAGCGGGAUGCCUCAGGGCUAUCAUAUAGCGAUGCAGGGCUUUCCCGAGGCCGUAGAGGCGAGAAAGGCCAUCAAGAAGCAAAUUUCGACGCCCGCUGAAAUGAUCCAGAAAGCUGAACAGAAGAAACCACAGCAGAGAAGAAGACCAAUUGCCUGCUGUUAG